AUGAGUUUCUUAAUGGACGGCCGCACUACCGCAGAGGCCGCGAGGCCCCUUGCAGCAGUUGGAGCACCUGCAGCAGCAGCAGCAGCAGGAAAUGCUUCUUUUGCGGCGCAUGCAGCGGCUGCGCCGUCCCACGCCUUCACCCGUGCUGCUGCGCCCUUCGCGACCCCAGCAGCAGCAGCAGCAGCAGCCUUCCACGCCGUUGCUGCAGCUGCAAUGCCUGCAGCAGCAACGAAUCCAGCAGCGGCAAUGGCUUCAGCACUUGCUGCAGCAGGGAGGCCCCUCUCCGUAGCAGCUGUCCCUCAGGCCGCUGUAGGGCCGCUAUUACAGCAAACGCAGAUGCCUUGUAUUCCGCUGGCUUCGCAUGCAAACGCAUCGCCUGUUGUUUCUGCUGCUUCUGCGGCUCCAGCUGCUGCUGCCCCUGCUGCAGAAGCUCCUGCGCAUGUAGGGGCGUCGCCGAGAGGAGGAGCGCCUGUAUCAGGCACUCCCUAUGCCGCAGCAGCUUCGGCAGCAGCACCUGCAGCAGCAGCAGCAACACGUGCUGCUGGUGGUACUUCAUCUGCAGCAACUGCCGCCCCUACAUCAGUUACUGCUUCAGCUCCUGGAGGAACAGUUCCUGCUGCAGCAUCGGCACCUCAAUCAGCAACAGCAGCCCCAGCAGCAGCUGCUGCAGCUCCCGCAGGAGCAGCAGCCGGCCAAGCCGCGGGCGCUCGGGGUGCAUCGACUGCACCUGUGUUUGCUGGCGCAGCAGCAAUGCCAUGCGCGCCUGCUGUAACUGCUGCAGCAGCUGCUGCAGCAGGAAACAUUGGUGCUGCUGGCGUUCCGCCGGCUGCUGCAGCAAAGGCAGCAGCGCCUCGCGGGGGCCGUGGUGGCAGUCGAGGGGGUCGUCGGGGUCGGAGUGCAGCAGGAGCAGCAGCAGCAUCAGCUGCAGCAGGGGCGACACAAGCUGCUGGGGAGCGGCCCCAACGAGCGCGGAGGGCCCCUCGAAUGUUUGAGGUUGAUGCAGCAGCAGACGACAAACUACUGAAGGUCGCUAUUGGCCGCUCUCUCCUAGAGACGCGUCGCGUGGAGAUGAAUUAUUCUUCUUUACCUGCAGUACCUGAGCUGCGUUUUCCUUCUCGUGCUGCAUUUGCAACAAACCCAAUUACUUUUUUCGAAAGUCUUCGAGCUAUUGGUCGAGAGUUUGGCGCUGUUAAAAUUAUUCCUCCUCCAGACUGGGAUCCGCCUUUUGCUUUGGAGGCUCUUACUAAUGAUCAGGCGCUCUUUCAUGUGCGCACCCAGGAGGUACACUCCCUUAUGUCUGGAAAGCCGUUUCAACACCCUGAGACGCCUGUGCAUGCCUCUGAGCUGCGGUCGCACGACCGGGAGCUUACUCGUCAAGUGUUUGGCUGCUGCAACCCCAGCAUAGAGACAGUUGAGGCUGUCUAUUGGAAGAGUGUUGAGAGCGGGACUCCUCAGCUGACGGUGCACUACGCUGCAGACCUCCGCACUAACGAGCUUGGCAGCGGCUUCCCAGUAGCUCCAACAGCACCAGGAACGGCUGCUGAUGCUGCUGGUGUGGCUGCUGCGGCGGCAGAUGGCUCUACAACAGCUUGCACAAGGAGCAGCAGCAGCAACGCCAGCAGCAGCAGCAGCACAGAAGCCAGCGUGGGGGGUAGUCCUCAAGAGCGGCAAUGCCAUCCACCUGCACCGCCUGUUGCAGAUUGUGUGGCGAAGACAGAGCCGCACCAUCUGCAGCACCAGCAGCAGUUGUUGCUGUUGCAACAGAAGCAGCAGCAGGAGCCUGAGCAAGACUACAACUAUGCUACGCACCCCUGGAACUUGGCGCGCCUAGCCCGGGUUGAAGGCUCUUUGCUGCGCCAUUAUCACCGCGAUGUGCCUGGUGUUACUUCACCUUGGCUGUAUGUAGGGACAGUCUUCUCAAGCUUCUGCUGGCAUACAGAAGACAACUUCUUCGCAGCAUGCAACUACCACCAUUGGGGGUCGCCCAAGAUAUGGUAUGUGGUGCCGCCUUCUCGUGCUUCGUCAGUGGAGCGGACUCUGCAGUCUUACCUUGCAGAUCGGGACCCUCACUACGUGCUGCAUUCUCUAACUGUUCAGCUUCCUCCUUCUCUGUUUGUAGAAAACAAUAUCCCUGUAUACCGCAUUGAACAGCACCCCAAAGAAUUCGUCAUGCUCUGGCCCCGCACCUACCACGCAGGAUUCAAUGCUGGCUUCAACUGCAACGAGGCAUGCAACUUCGCUCCUCCUUUGUGGCUCCAGUGGGGUCAGAAGGCUAUUAGAAGUUACCGCUAUAUGCGUUCAACUUGCAUUCCUUAUCAGCAGUUAGUGCUUCGUUCUGCUUUGCAGUCUUCGGGUGGCUUCUCUGGGCGGCAGCAGCUGGAGCUGUGUCGUGCAGUUGCCCGUUUGCUGCUUGAGGAGUUCGCUGGGCGCACUGCUGCAGUUGAGCAGCAGCUUGCUGCUGCUCCCAUGCAGCUUGCUGCAGGCCAGCUGAACCUCGUGGAAGCCCUCGACCCCGACGUAAAAGGGUGGAGGCAAGACCUGAGGCGGCUCCUGUCUUCUUUCGGAGAUCUUCUGGUGCCGCUGCCGUUUGGGGAGGGCGAGGGACCGAAGGAGGAGCUGUUGCUGCGCAUAGGGGAGGUGUUGACUCUGCCGGUGAAAGAUUGCAGCAGCUGCAAGGCCUGUUGCUCUCUCACCUGCGUUACCUGCUGCCACCAGGAAGACUACGUCUGCCUCGAUUGUAUAGGCACCCUUUCUUGCAACUGCGCGCAGCGCGUCGUCCUCACGCGCUUCCCCCUGCCUACUCUUCGUCUUAUUUACCAGCACUGUCUUGAUACACUGAUGCUGCACACCAAGGAAGCCACCACAGAGAAAGCGGGGUUGAAGCAGGGAGUGCAGCAGCAGCAGCAGCAACAGGUUGGGGAGGGCAGUGCAGGGGAGGGCGGGGCUGCGAAGGAGGGCACAACUGUGUCUGUCUCUUCGGAGCUGCCGGUCAGUGCAGCAGUGGCGACAGCAGCAGCAGAAGUUGCUGCAGUUGUUGGAGGAGUUGCAAUGAAAUGCCCUUCUCCAGGAGCAGAUGAGUUGGCCCCCCGUAAGCGAGGAAGGCCUCGCACUGCUGCUCGCGGUGUGGGCGAGGUGAAGCGGCGAGCAGCAGGUGAGGCAGGUGCUGCAGCAGCACCUCAGGAGAAGCCCUUGUUGCAGGAGAUUCAGGAAGACACUCUGCUGCAGUCCGUACCUCCUAUGAGCGAAUUGGUUGCACUUGAACGCAAGGCGUACAGAGGAGUUGAUUACUAUGCAGUCAGCUACAACGACGAAACGGAGCAAGAGCCGGAACCUCAGCCGCCAUCUCCUCCUGCUGCCGGCGGUGCUCUUACUGCUGUUGGCGUAGACCCCCUGCAGCAGCAGCAGCAGGAGCAGCAGCAGCAGCAACAGCAGCAACCCCACCCGGCAGUCGCGCAAUUACCUGCAGCAGACAAUCCCGCCCUCCUACACCAACUGGGCUUGCAGGGAUUUGCUGCUGCCGCAUUACAGCAUCGCUCGCUGCAGCAGUCACAAGAGGCACAGCAGCAAGAACUCAAGCAGCAGCAAGAGCUGCUGCAGAUCCAGCUGCUUCUGGGAGAGCAACGCAUGCUCGACAGCCCCACGGAACAACAACUGGCGGCUCUGCAACAGCACCACGAGCAGCAGCAGUUGCAGCAGCAGCAACUGCAGCAACAGCACCGCCAACUGCAACAGCAGCAGUUGCAGCUACAGCAGCAGUUGCAACAGCAGUUGCAGCAGCAACUACAGCAGCAGUUGCAGCAGCAGCAACACCUGCAGCAGCAGCAACAGAGACACACAGACUUGCACUCGUUGCAAGCUGGGGCUCUGGAGCUGCAUGCACACCACGGCAUGCUGCCGCAAUCCCAGGCCAGCCGCAGCCUCAGCUCGCUCUCAGCCCAGCCGCCGCAGCAGCAGCAGCUGCAGCAGCAGCGGGAGGGAGACCAGCGUCUCCCCGGAGUCUCUCCCCUGACGCACCGCCUGGCGGAGACACGCUGUAGCAGCCAGCUGGGAGGCAUGGGUUUGUCGCAGCAACAAGAGGGAGAUGACAGCAGCACGAAGAACAAGGAGCCUUUGGCUGUAGACUGCGGGGAAUGGGCCCCUUGUGAGGUGGGGUCUCAGCUGGAUAUUAGUGUGGGGCGGCUCAGCAGCUCGCAGGUGCCGGCACCUGAGGAGGCCCCCCCAGUUGUGGGGCGAAGAGGACGCCGAGUUGUACCCUUUAGAGUAAUACCACCGGAAUUGGUGGUAGACAGGAGGAGGGAGUUGGCUGUGCGGAGGUACGUGCAACAACUGACAUGGAGGUAUUUCAUUAAAACGCUCAAGGAGGAAGCAGAAGACGACGACGAACAAAUCCUACCCAUGUUUAAACGUGCCGCCGCGAGGCCCGAACCCUAA